AUGUUUCAUCAAGAUUGUGCAGUCGCUGCCAAUCAACUAAUUCUCUCCCUUACCCGGAACGAUGGCCAGACACACAUCCCAAACGACGAUAUAAUGCACACAGUUAGCAGAUGUCAGGCCAUAGUCCGAGCUUCAGGAGGCGAAAAGUCCGUCCAAGGGUCAGCCUUACUUUUAUCGUUCGCACAAGUCGGCUCAAGAUGCCAGGACGGUACAUUUACCGAAAGAGGUGGCACGGUAUCCGGAGGUAUAUCGGGAUCAGCAAGCUGGAAACGUGGUAACAACGCCCGAUCAAUGAAAGACCGAACAAUGGGAUCGAUAAAACGGGCCCUGUCAGGCUCAUUCAGGAACUUCAAGCGAGAAAUGGGUGGGAGCAGUAAUCUACAACGUCGUGGAAACGGAGAGAUGAUGGCAGCAAGGAAAGGAAAUAACGGAGAGAUGUAUCGGUUAAUGAUGGUAUCUGCACAUGGGGUUCCAGGACUGGCGCCCAGCUCACCGCAGGUCAACAGCAUGUUCUACCAGCGGUCCAGAGAAUUCUUCCAGCACCAUUUUACAAGAGAGGAUACUUCAGAUCUGGUAUUUGGGAACGCGUAUCCGAUUCAAGGGAACACACACGUUAGUGUCGUGACACUAGGAAUCAAGCUCCGUGGUGGUCAAAAAAGCUGGAAGGAAUUUGUAGAAGGGCAGAGAGACAAUGGGAAGGUCUUGAAACAGUUGAUUUCAGACGGAAUCACAAUGUUCACGGCGAAUAAGUACGUUGCAGCAUAUUUCCAGGUGCUCAAUGCAAGCGAUUCGCCGGUGUUUAGUUUCUUGGUUUAUGGAUAUGAUUCUGUAGAUUCGCCGCUUCCAUCAUAA